CCCAGCCUAACCCAAGCACAGAAGAGAUGUUUCUCUCUCGUCGUCUGCUGAAGGUCAUCCCUGUGCCAGAGUUCACAACGGGCAGGAGCGCACAGAGGGUCAGUCGCCACACAGCACAGCACAGCACAGCAAACUACGCAGGCAGACAGGCAGAUGCGCUGAUCUCUCUUGUGUGCUGCUGCUGCCCUGUGUGUGUGCGUGUGUAUGUGGCACGGGACGGCAGGUCAACAUGGCGAACGAGGACCGUGCGCGAUUUUUCUACUGGAACCUGAUCUCCAUCGGCAUCACCGCCCUGCCCAUCGUCUACCUCUGCUCGGUGAGUGAGCGAGUCAGGCCGGCCAUACACGCACAUACCAGAUCCAUCCGUUUGUGUGUGCGUGUCGUGUCUGUCGUGUGUGGGCUUGCAUGUGUGUUUGUGUGUGUGUGUGGUCUCGUUCAGGGGCGUCACCACUUUUCGAAGGAGGACGACGAGACCCUUCGACGGUACGACCCAACCGGCUACAUCGGCAAGCCGUUCAAACCGGAGUACAGAGACCUCCACCUUUACAUCCCCGAGAGGACGCCCGCUGCAGUUGAAGCUUAGGCGGCAUGAUCACCCACGGAUGAGGGAGGGGGCUGUUGGCCACUCUACUAAGGAAGAGCAGGUUGUUCUUUGUUUGUGUGAGAGAGAGCUGGAGAGGGGCGCACGCUGUGUUGGUGCAAUCGUGUGUGGGUGCGGGACAUCCGUUCGGGAAAUUAGG